AUUACACUAAAUGUUCUAAGUGUCAACCCUCUGGCGCGCACUGUAUUUUAUAAAAUAUAGGUUAUGUUUUUUUCUUUAAUUUUGACAAAAGUAAAAGUUCUUAUUCUAGUUCAGUUCUUAUCAGUUCUUAUAUUAGUUGGUAGUCUGUAGAAAAUAAUUGUCUCGGAAAGUUUUAAAUAUAAUUAUAGUUCACGUAUUUUUGUGUAAGUUAUAAACUGUUAUUAAAUGCCUUAUGAAGUAGUAUUUAUGAAGUAGAAACCUUAUACCCUAUUAUUCGAAUAUCAUUGGUGGAAACUGGAAGGAACUGGAACCAUUGAGUCAAUGCAACAUGUCAACAUAGUCACAACUGAUUUACCCGUGUUGACUCAAAUAUCGAAGUUUUCUAUAGGUAGCUAAGCGUAGGUAGGGUUUGCACCGGAUAUUUCCCUCCGGAGAUCUUUAACUUUUUCAACUCUCUUCGGCGUAGUACCAUUGCAGCAAUACCUAUAUUAUUGCGACAGAAAAAGGCCAGCCAAAAAGUAGGUGCAUUGGUUGCGCCUCUGUUUACCUUUUCGAGGUUUAAAGGUGUGUUUAAAAAAAGGUCAUCAGAAAAGGGGCAGCGAACAUUUUUUGGCCCAGGAGACCUGAAUAGCUGAGACCAGGAUUUGUUGCAGCGGGCAGACGAGGAUGUCGGCGGUGGUGUUGCGCGCAGCCGCUCGGUGCACGAGCUCGGCGGCGGGCGGGCGCAUGCGCGCGUGGCGGGUGCACGGCUACGAGCCCGCCGAGCCGCGGCUGGAGGAGGCGCGCGUGCCGACGCUGCGCGCGCCCGACGAGCUGCUGGUGCGCGUGCACGCCGCCUCCGUCAACCCUCUCGACGUCGCCAUGCUAGGCGGGUACGGCGCGCGCGUGCUGAACACGCUGCGCGCGGCGGAGGGCGGCGAGGGCGUGGAGUUCCCGCUGGUGCCGGGGCGCGACUUCGUGGGCGUGGUGGAGCGCGCGGGCGCGGCGGCGCGGCUGCGGCGCGGCGAGCGCGUGUGGGGCGUGGUGCCGCCGCACCGGCAGGGCACGCACGCACAGUACGUCGUCGUACGCGACUCCUGGGGUGUGGCCGCGCCGCGCGCGCUGGCGGACGCGGCGGCGGCGGGCGCGCUGUACGCGGGGCUGACGGCGUGCGGCGCCGUGCGGGCCGCCGCGCCGCGCCCGCGCGCUCGCGUGCUGCUGCUGGGGCUGGGCGGCGUGGGGCACGCGGCGCUGCAGCUGCUGGUGCGCGAGCGCGCGAACGUGGUGGUCGGCUGUUCGCCCGACCUGUGUGCGCGUGCGCUACAACUGGGCGCCGUCGACGCACUCGACCGUCUCGCGCCCGACUAUGAUGCGCAACUGGAACGUGCCGGCCCGUUCGACGCAAUCGUGGACUGCGCCGGCCUCGGGUGGGAAGCGAGCGCACGACGCUGGCGGUUCGGGCGCUAUGUGACGCUGACGACUCCGUUAUUGCGAGAGGCCGACGAGCGAGGAUUGGGUUUGGGAUUCGCAUCGGCCGCACUGAGUUUGCUGGCGCAGAACGCGCGCGCCUGUAGUGUGCAGUCCGCGCGUCCGCCCGGCGCUGCCGUGUGGGCGCCCCCGCACGUGCGUUGGGUGUACUUCAUGCCGCGCGCCGCGGACAUCGAGCUGCUGCGGCGGCUGGCGGAGGCGGGGCAGUUCUCGGUGUGCGUGGAGCGCGUGUACGCGUGGGCGGCGGCGCGCGAGGCGUACGCGCGCGCGGCGGGCGGCGGGGCGCGCGGCAAGCUCGUGCUGGACUUCACCGACCCGACGGACCCGACGGACCCGGCACAAAACUAACAGCUUAUGUAUCGCGUCAUGAGCCGAGCGGGCGACACCACAGAACACAUUAUUAUUAUGAAUAAAUUUAGAACGCAUAUCGUCCACUGUUAGUAUCAGUUCCGAUAGUCCCAAAAGCAAACAUGUACUUACUUACACACCAGAGCGUGAAUUGUCACUAAAAUUAAUACGGUGACAAACAAUAAUUGUGGUGUGUAAUGUUAGAGCAAUAAAACAAAACUUGUAAUUAUAACACACAGUUUCUUUGGACAGGGACGCUCAAGUGACUGCUUCACUUUACGCAGUUAUGCUUUGUGGUUUAUAACUAACAUGUUCACCAUAGACACAACAGAUGGCGCUAUUAAUUAUUUUGGUACAGAUCUAACACCCGCACUUACCAAAAUAAUAUGGGCACACAACAAUUAACAGUUUCUCAAAAAAAUAUUAAACAUUUUUUACAUUC